AGAAAGUCGAUAAAAUUAUGAAACUGCCGCUUCAAGAGAUCAACCGCAAUUGUACAAUUGUACUGCGUACUUGGCUACCUGCACAUUAGUCCUUUUCGUCGGUUUAAAGAGCAGAGAGAUUGAUUGAACCCACCAUUGCCUAAUCGAUUGCUCUCACCAAAAAAAAAAACCAAAAUCCAGAAACAAUUGAUGAAUAAAAUGGAGAAAAUUGCCAAAAGAUUUACAGGAAAGGUAGCCAUAGUCACCGCUUCUACUCAAGGAAUCGGAUUUAGCAUCGCUGAGCGCCUUGGUUUAGAAGGAGCUUCUGUUGUUAUCUCGUCUCGGAAGCAGAAAAAUGUGGAUGAAGCAGUUGAGAAGCUUAAGGGUAAAGGAAUUGAUGUUUUUGGUGUUGCUUGCCAUGUCUCAAAUGCUAAGCAAAGGAAGAAUUUGAUUGAUGAGACUGUAAAGAAAUACGGGAAAAUUGACGUGGUUGUAUCUAAUGCAGCAGCUAAUCCCACUGUCGCUGCAAUUUUAGAUGUACCAGAACCUGUCCUAGACAAGUUAUGGGAAAUCAAUGUCAAAGCUUCUAUACUUCUUCUCAAGGAUGCUUCACCACAUAUGACAACCAGCUCUUCAGUUGUUUUCAUCUCGUCAAUUACUGCUUACCAACCUCCGGCAUCUAUGGCUAUGUAUGGAGUGACAAAAACAGCACUUCUUGGACUUACUAAGGCAUUAGCAGCUGAGAUGGCCCCAAAUACUCGCGUCAACUGUGUGGCCCCUGGUUUUGUACCUACCCGCUUUGCCGAUUUCCUCACAAGCAAUGAUUCAAUUAGGAAGGAUAUUGAGGAGAAGACACUACUUAAUCGGCUUGGAACCACAGAAGAUAUGGCAUCUGCAACUGCCUUCUUGGCUUCUGAUGAUGCCUCUUAUAUCACUGGAGAAACGUUGGUGGUUGCUGGAGGAACUCCCUCCCGCCUUUAAUUACCUUAGCUCCUUUUUUCUUCUUCUAUUGAACAGCCUUUAAAACUGAUUAAUAAACCUAAAUAUUUAUUGUAGUUUUUCAUCCUUUAGUGUUGAGUAUAAUCUUUUAGUUAUAGAGACCAGAAGCAAGUGGAGAUCAGAGCAUACAAUAAACCCUGCCAACUUCUGUCAGGAACUCCAUCUAAAUAAAGGGUCUGAACACAACAGAGGUUUCAGGAAAGAGGGCCAUCUUUGUUCCAUAACCAGUCUUAACAAGGGCUGUAAAUCCAGAGUUUGGAAGCCAGUAAUGUAGAAGUUGGCCACAUAUUUCUGCAAUUACAACACAAAAGAUGGCAGAUGAACACUUUAAAGCAGCAAUGGAGUCGACUUCACCUACGAAAAAAAUUCAUUAUUAAACAGCAAAGUAUUUAUAGGCCAUUUAUUUAUGUAGGAGAUUAGUGUUGAUAUUGUAGACGUUUCAUCGAAUUCAGUCUCGGGCUUAAAUUUUGCAUGCAAUGAAUGUGUUAGAUUUGUCAUGUUUUUCUUACAUUUAAAACUAGGGAAAUGGUGAUGUUUAUGUUUGUAGGACUAUACAAUUGGGAAAAUUCAUGUGACUAUUUCGAUUGCUGCAGCAAUUCCCAGUGUAUGUGUGUUA